ACUCACAGUAGCUGUCGUUGUGUUUUGUUUGGUAGAUCUCGGAUAGAGACCAACGAUGGCUCGAGCAGGAGGCAUCACAAACGCAGUGAAUGUAGGAAUCGCCGUCCAAGCUGAUUGGGAAAACCGCGAGUUCAUCUCCCACAUUUCUCUCAACGUCCGCCGCCUCUUCGAUUUCCUUGUCCAAUUCGAGGCUACAACAAAGAGCAAAUUGGCAUCACUGAAUGAGAAGCUUGAUACUUUGGAACGGAAGCUAGAGCUCCUUGAAGUUCAAGUGGGUACUGCAUCAGCUAACCCUUCUCUUUUUGCUCGUGAUGUUUAGAAGAUCAUGCCAUUGUUUUAAUAUACGUGUAAGCAUUCUCUUGUCUAUAGCGUGACCAUGAAUAGAUAUCCUGGUAUUGUAACCCAGUUCUAAACUACUCCAUCAUUUUCAUGUUUAUGUGAGUGGUAGAGUUCCAUCUGUCAUUUGUCUACAUUGUAGAGAUACGCUUGGAACACAGCAUUCUGUGCUCAAGGUCUUUUACUUUUUGUUAAUGAUGAAGUUCACUUCAGUUAAUGCAGUGAUCAGGUUUCACUG